AUGGCACCUAAACCCGCAUCCACCGCUGCCAAAGCCCCUGCAUCCACCGCCUCCAAGGCACCAGCUAAGGCUGACUCUGGAGCAAAGGCUGCGAAGAAAACUGCUGCUAAGCCCCAGGCUCCCGCCGAGGGUGAGAAGAAGAAGCGCCGAAAGGUCCGCAAGGAGACAUACAGCUCGUACAUCUACAAGGUCCUCAAGCAGGUUCACCCCGAUACUGGUAUCUCAAACAAAGCCAUGGCUAUCCUGAACUCAUUUGUCAACGAUAUCUUUGAGCGUAUUGCUACCGAGGCAUCCAAGCUUGCGGCUUACUCCAAGAAGUCGACGAUCUCAUCGCGUGAGAUUCAAACAUCUGUUCGCCUUAUUCUUCCAGGAGAGCUGGCAAAGCACGCCAUUUCCGAGGGAACUAAGUCUGUCACCAAAUUCUCUGCCGGUUCCAAGUAA